CUCCUCUUCUGUAUUUCCAUACUCUCUCUCUAUCUCUCCGAAGACAACAACACACUCUCUCUCUAAUAUUCUCUCUCUACAAAUCAAAUCAAAUCCUGAAAUGGCGUCCCCGCGUGAGGAGAGCGUUUACAUGGCCAAGCUCGCCGAGCAGGCCGAGCGCUACGAGGAGAUGGUCGAGUUCAUGGAGAAGGUCGUCAACGCCGUCGACGGCGACGAGCUCUCCGUCGAGGAGCGCAACCUCCUCUCCGUCGCCUACAAAAACGUCAUCGGCGCCCGCCGCGCCUCCUGGCGCAUCAUCUCCUCCAUCGAGCAGAAGGAGGAGAGCCGCGGCAACGACGCGCACGUCUCCGCCAUCAAGACCUACAGAUCUAAGAUCGAGUCCGAGCUCUCCUCUAUUUGCGACGGCAUUCUCAACCUCCUCGACGCCAAACUCAUCGGAUCUGCCUCCAACGGCGAUUCCAAGGUCUUCUACUUGAAGAUGAAGGGCGAUUACUAUCGCUACUUGGCCGAGUUUAAGACUGGAGCCGAGCGCAAGGAAGCUGCCGAGAACACUCUCUCCGCCUACAAAUCCGCUCAGGACAUUGCUAAUACAGAGCUCGCCCCUACUCAUCCGAUCCGUCUCGGCCUGGCACUCAACUUCUCCGUCUUCUACUACGAGAUCUUGAAUUCUCCUGAUCGCGCUUGCAAUCUUGCUAAACAGGCUUUUGACGAGGCAAUAGCUGAGUUGGACACUCUUGGUGAGGAAUCUUACAAGGAUAGCACCCUGAUCAUGCAGCUUCUCCGUGACAACCUCACCUUGUGGACUUCAGAUAUGCAGGAUGAUAAUUCUGAAGAGAUCAAGGAAGCACCUAAGCCCGACAACGAGUAGAAAAGGGUCUUGUGGUUUAGGAUCCUCCCAUCUCGGGCGUCUCUGCUAUUCUCGAUCUAUAUCUGUUGAAGGAAUCAAGAAUUGAUGGUUGUAGCGUGUAGUUAGAGGGUAAUAGUCUGUUUCUUUGGUGAUGUCCAGUUUUAGAUGGGUUUCUCCAUCAUGUGUUUGUGAUCUCUUAUCUUUGAUAACUUUCCUAAAGAUCAAUAUUGGUGUCUUAAUUUGGGUGCA